AUGAGGCCAGGCCUGGCUCCUCCUUCCCCAUCAGAAAAGCAUCAGAAACUGGGCCAGAAGGGUGAGAGGAGCGGGCAGAGGACUCGCCCGGCCGCACCCUCCCAGCAUCUAAAGGCCCCUUCAGUCCCUGACCAAAGGUGCUACAAGAACCUGCUGGACACUUGCGAUUGUGUGCUGGAGGCCCCGUGCCCCCAUGCCCUCUGCCUUGGGGUGGUCAGCCCGGCCAGUCAGGCCUUCCCUGCAGAUGUGGCACACUGGGGACUGAGGCACUGUGGAGGCAGCCUAGCCGCCGUCCGCCCUCCUUCCUUGGCCCAGAAGGGCCCUGCAGCCUUCCCUGCUGUCCCGGGCCCAGACUCCCACGCCCAGCUGGUGCCGAGGGUGCUGGCCAGAAGCUGCAGAGCCAGGCACACGCAGGCCGAGGGAACUGGGCCUUGGGAGGGAUUUCUGCCCCUGAGCCCCAAGUCAAGCGGCCCUGCCCAGCCUCAGGUGCGUGUGGAGGCACACAUGCACGUGCCUCAAGGUGGCAGCUCCCCUGGGGGCCGGAGCGGGCCUGGGACCCAGAGCAAUUGGAGCCCACCUUACCUCUCCCUCCUGGGGGCUCUGAGCAGCCCACACACCCCUGCCCCCUACACUCGCACCAAUCAGCGCCUUCUCAUCCCUUUCAUCUUGAUGAACAGCCUGGUGAGCUCCAUCCAUCCCAUCGUCUGGGUCCAGGCAGACGCGUCUGAGCUCAAAAGCUGCUCCAGUGCAUCCACCUGUGUGACCCUGGGCAGCGACCUGACCUCAGUGGGCCUCAGUUUCCUCAUUUGUAUUGUGAGCGUGUCCACGGUGAGGCUUAAUGGACACCGAGCAUGUAGCAGGCUCAGCACAGAGCGCGACGCGGAGCAAAGCGCCCUCCGCAUCACCAGCACUGAGGGCGCCAGGGCACAGGAGGGGUGGGGCGAGGGUCGCCCAGAGGCCCGGCGGGGCGCCCACCGGGUCGCCGCCCUCUGCGCUGGGCGGCGGCGAGAUAAAGCCCCGGGCGCCGCCCCCGCCCCUCGCUGCCUCCCCGGCGGCGCCCGCACCUCGGCGCCCGGCACGGAACGGCGGCGGCAGCAGCGGCCGCGGCGACAGCUCCAGCUCCGGCUCCCGCGCCCGCCGCGUUCGGCCCCGCGCGCCCGGGCCCCGCGCCCCGACCCCGCCGCCGCGCCUGCCGGGGGCCUCGGGCGCCCCGCCGCCCGCCUCACGCUGAAGUUCCUGGCCGUGCUGCUGGCCGCGGGCAUGCUGGCGUUCCUCGGUGCCGUCAUCUGCAUCAUCGCCAGCGUGCCCCUGGCGGCCAGCCCGGCGCGGGCGCUGCCCGGCGGCGCCGACAACGCCUCGGCCGCCUCGGGUGCCGCCGCGUCCCCGGGCUCGCAGCGCAGCCUGAGCGCGCUGCACGGCGCGGGCGGCUCGGCCGGGCCCCCCGCGCUGCCCGGGGCGCCGGCGGCCAGCGCGCACCCGCUGCCGCCCGGGCCCCUCUUCAGCCGCUUCCUGUGCACGCCGCUGGCGGCCGCCUGCCCGUCGGGGGCCGAGCAGGGGGACGCGGCGGGCGGCGAGCGCGAGGAGCUGCUGCUGCUGCAGAGCACGGCCGAGCAGCUGCGCCAGACGGCGCUGCAGCAGGAGGCGCGCAUCCGCGCCGACCAGGACACCAUCCGCGAGCUCACCGGCAAGCUGGGCCGCUGCGAGAGCGGCCUGCCGCGCGGCCUCCAGGACGCCGGGCCCCGCCGCGACGCCAUGGCCGACGGGCCCUGGGACUCGCCCGCGCUCAUCCUGGAGCUGGAGGACGCCGUGCGCGCCCUCCGGGACCGCAUCGACCGCAUCGAGCAGGAGCUCCCAGCCCGUGUGAACUUCUCAGCUUCCCCAGCCCCUGCCCCCGCUGUGCCCACCACCCUGCACUCCAAGAUGGAUGAGCUGGAGGGGCAGCUGCUGGCCAAGGUGCUGGCGCUGGAGAAGGAGCGUGUGGCCCUCAGUCACAGCAGCCACCAGCAACGGCAGGAGGUGCAGAAGGAGCUGGGCGCUCUGCAGGACCGUGUGGCUGAGCUGGAGCAUGGGUCCUCAGCCUACAACCCCCCAGAUGCCUUCAAGGUGAGCAUCUCCAUCCGCAACAACUACAUGUACGCCCGCGUGCGGAAGGCGCUGCCCGAGCUCUACGCGUUCACUGCCUGCAUGUGGCUGCGCUCCAGGUCAGGUGGCACUGGCCAGGGCACCCCCUUCUCCUACUCAGUGCCCGGGCAAGCCAAUGAGAUUGUGCUACUGGAGGCGGGCCAUGACCCCAUGGAGCUGCUGAUCAACGACAAGGUAGCCCAGCUGCCGCUGAGCCUGAAGGACAGUGGCUGGCACCACAUCUGUAUCUCCUGGACCACGAGGGAUGGCCUGUGGUCUGCCUACCAGGACGGGGAGCUGCGGGGCUCCGGUGAGAACCUGGCUGCCUGGCACCCCAUCAAGCCUCAUGGGAUCCUUAUCCUGGGCCAGGAACAGGAUACCCUGGGUGGCCGAUUUGAUGCCACUCAGGCCUUCGUCGGUGACAUUGCCCAGUUUAACCUAUGGGACCACGCCCUGACACCUGCGCAGGUCCUGGGCAUUGCCAACUGCACUGGGCCACUGCAGGGCAACGUGCUCCCCUGGGAAGACAAGCUGGUGGAAGCCUUUGGAGGUGCAACGAAGGCCUCCUUUGAUGUCUGCAAGGGGAGGGCCAAGGCAUGAGGGGCCACCUCGUCCAGGGCCCCUCCCUUGCCUGCCACUUCGGGGAUCUUGAUGGGGGCACAUCCUCUCCUC